AUGCCAUUCCUUGCCAACUUACCAGAAGCGCUGGCCCACUUCAAGAAGGAGGGGCGAAGACUACAUGAGGAGGAACUCAGCCUAUUCAGAGAGCUUCAGUCUGAUGUGCGGCGCGCAUUGGAGAAGGGCUAUGACACCCAGUCUUUCACACGAACGUUCCUGGAGAACAGGGACAGCUAUCAGCUUUCGGAUGAUGAGGCGGCCUACGUGAUCGGCACCUUGUUUGAGGCUGGAAGCGGAACCACGGCGGCGGCCAUGAUGUCGUACUGUCUCACCAUGUGA